CCACCACGCCCGGCCUCCCACCUUAUUUCUUACUUUCGCUGUGCGACAGAGCUAGACUGAGUGCCCUGCAAGGCAGGAUUCAGAGAUACAAGAGUAGGCCAGUGGAAACAGACACUGUGGAAAGGAGCCAGAUUAAAUAAGGGCAGAGACAGUGGUAUUACAUGCAGGGACCAGAAUGAAAAGCAGUGAUUCACAGAGCACUGCAACUGAGGACACUCCCUUCACUUUGAGAGCUCCUUCGGGAUUGGGGUCAAUGAGGGCUGGCAUCAAGAUGAAGGGCAGCCAGGCUCCUCCUCCCUGGAGAUGUGGUGCCCUUAAUCCUCUCCACCCCACCCCCACUCAUCCCUCACAUUGACCAGCGUCCUGGGCCUUUAAGAGUUGGAUGGGCUGGACGGGAAAGAGCUCACAUCUCUCCCCUUCUUACUGCUUCCCUCCGGCUAUAACUUGCCAGUCACCGCAGCCAGCUGCGGUAGAAGAGGGGAGGAAAAAAGCCAGUGCCAAGGGGAGCAAAAGAGAAAAGGAGCCAGGCUGGGCUUCCUGAUCGUACAGCAUCGCAGAGCUCGGGAGGCACAGUUCAGACACAGGACUGCUAUUCUGCACAGACAGGACUGCUAUUCGGCCUUCCUGCCCACGAUUCACCCAGAGCCCUUUGCUCUUCUUUGCUUCUUUAGAGGACUCUGGUGCCAGCCGGUGGAACAGUGGGUGAUGGCGUCCCUGCUGCAAGACCGGCUGACCACCGAUCAGGACUUGCUGCUGAUGCAGGAAGGCAUGCUGAUGCGCAAGGUGAGGUCCAAAAGCUGGAAGAAGCUGAGAUACUUCAGACUUCAGAAUGACGGCAUGAUGGUCUGGCAUGCACGGCAAGCCAAGGGCAGUGCCAAGCCCAGCUUCUCAAUCUCUGAUGUGGAUACAAUACGUAACGGGCAUGAUUCUGAGUUGCUGCGUAGCCUGGCAGAGGAGCUCCCCCUGGAGCAGGGCUUCACCGUUGUCUUCCAUGGCCGUGGCUCCAACCUGGACCUGGUGGCCAACAGUGUUGAGGAGGCCCAGAUAUGGAUGCGAGGGCUCCAGCUGUUGGUGGAUCUUGUCACCAGCAUGGACCAUCAGGAGCGCCUGGACCAAUGGCUGAGUGACUGGUUUCAGCGUGGAGACAAAAAUCAGGAUGGUAAGAUGACUUUCCAAGAAGUUCAGCGGUUACUGCACCUAAUGAAUGUGGAAAUGGACCAAGAAUAUGCCUUCAGUCUUUUUCAGGAAGCAGACACAUCCCAGUCUGGGACUCUGGAAGGAGAAGAAUUUGUACAGUUCUAUAAGGCAUUGACUAAACGUGCUGAGGUGCAGGAGCUAUUUGAAAGUUUUUCAGCUGAUGGGCAGAAGCUGACUCUGCUGGAAUUUUUGGAUUUCCUCCGAGAGGAGCAGAAGGAAAGAGGCUGCACCUCCGACCUUGCUCUGGAACUCAUUGACCGUUAUGAACCUUCAGACAGUGGCAAACUGCGGCAUGUGCUGAGCAUGGAUGGCUUCCUCAGCUACCUCUGCUCUAAGGAUGGAGACAUCUUCAACCCAGCCUGCCUCCCCAUCUAUCAGGAUAUGACUCAACCCCUGAACCACUACUUCAUCUGCUCCUCUCACAACACCUACCUAGUGGGGGAUCAGCUUUGUGGCCAGAGCAGCGUCGAGGGAUACAUACGGGCCCUGAAGCGGGGGUGCCGCUGCCUGGAGGUGGAUGUAUGGGAUGGACCUAAUGGGGAACCUGUCGUUUACCACGGACACACCCUGACCUCCCGCAUCCUGUUCAAAGAUGUCGUGGCCACAGUAGCACAGUAUGCUUUCCAGACAUCAGACUACCCAGUCAUUUUGUCCCUGGAGACCCACUGCAGCUGGGAGCAGCAGCAGACCAUGGCCCAACAUCUGACUGAGAUCCUGGGGGAGCAGCUGCUGAGCACCACCUUGGAUGGGCUGCUACCCAAUCAGCUUCCCUCGCCUGAGGAGCUUCGGAGGAAGAUCCUGGUGAAGGGGAAGAAGUUAACAUUUGAGGAAGACCUGGAGUAUGAGGAAGAGGAACCAGAUCCUGAGCUGGAGGGCGAACAGGAGUCAGAAUUGGCGCUGGAGUCCCAGUUUGAGCCUGAGCCGCAGGAGCAGAAUCUUCAGAGUAAGGACAAAAAGAAGGUUGUGACGUGCCCGCUGUUUUGUCCGUCUAUCUGUUGUCAGAUUACGGCCCAGGCUACUACUAUUUCCAAGCCUGUGUCCCUUCUCUUGUCCCAGCAGAAACCCAAGCUCAUCUUGUGUCCAGCUCUCUCUUCCCUGGUUAUCUACUUGAAGUCUGUCUCAUUCCGCAGCUUCACACAUUCAAAAGAGCACUACCGCUUCUACGAGAUAUCAUCUUUCUCUGAAACCAAGGCCAAGCGCCUCAUCAAGGAGGCUGGCAAUGAGUUUGUGCAGCACAAUGCUUGGCAGUUAAGCCGUGUGUAUCCCAGCGGCCUGAGGACAGACUCUUCCAACUACAACCCCCAGGAACUCUGGAAUGCAGGCUGCCAGAUGGUGGCCAUGAAUAUGCAGACUGCAGGGCUUGAAAUGGACAUCUGUGAUGGGCAUUUCCGCCAGAAUGGUGGCUGUGGCUAUGUGCUGAAGCCAGACUUCCUGCGUGAUGUCCAGAGUUCCUUCGACCCCGAGAGGCCCAUCAGCCCUUUCAAGGCCCAGACUCUAUUAAUCCAGGUGAUCAGUGGUCAGCAACUCCCCAAAGUGGACAAGACCAGAGAGGGGUCCAUUGUGGAUCCACUGGUGAGAGUGCAGAUCUUUGGUGUCCGUCUAGACACAGCACGGCAGGAGACCAACUAUGUGGACAACAAUGGUUUUAAUCCAUACUGGGGGCAGACACUAUGUUUCCGGGUGCUGGUGCCCGAACUUGCCAUGCUGCGUUUUGUGGUAAUGGAUUAUGACUGGAAAUCCCGAAAUGACUUUAUUGGUCAGUACACCCUGCCUUGCAUCUGCAUGCAACAAGGUGAGCCAGCCCCUGUGACCCCUGGCCAAUACUCCAACUCUGGCUGCCUUCCUAAUGCUGUCCUCCUGGUCCUUCCAGGUUAUCGCCAUAUUCACCUGCUCUCCAAAGAUGGCAUCAGCCUCCGCCCAGCUUCCAUCUUUGUGUAUAUCUGUAUCCGGGAAGGCCUGGAGGAGGAUGAGUCCUGAGUUGGGCACUUCAUGGGAAGAGUUGGUGUGCUGGCUUUAGAUAGUGAGAAAUACCUGGAAGGCUGCUCUAGAGAACAAAUGGAGGUGGUGAAACCAAGCUUUGGAUUGUGCAUUCCUAGGCACAAAAUUACCUCAUCCUUCCUAACAAGCAGAUCUGGGACCUCAUUUGCCACCUUUUUUCUCUUUUCUUCCCUUCCCUUGUUUUCGUAAGCCUUUGGUACUUUUCCUGCCCUUUCCCUUUGUGUAUUCUAUACUGGAGUUCCCUUCCUCCUCUUGCUGUAGGCUCAAUCCCAUACGAACAUCUACGACUGAUAUUUCCCAUCAACUCUUGUGAAGGCAGAUUGCAACUAGAAAUUCAAAAGGGUUUGGAACAGAGAAACCCCAACUUUACUCAAAGCCCAAAGCCAAGGGAAGGAUAAAUAAAGGCUCAAGGCUUCCCAGGCAAAGAUUAGGGAGAGACUUGACCCCAGGACAGUACUACAACUCUCAAGAGAACACUGCACAGCACUCACAGUCCCCAGUGGACUGCUUCCUCCUUAGCCCCACUGGUAUAAAUACAUCUCUCUCCAAUUUGA